GUUAUGUUUUAUUGAGUUAUGAAAUAUCUCAAUAUUUCUUCUGUGUUUAACAGAAUACCAACAAAACCAACAAAGGAGUAAUUAGGAAGAAUAUACAUAUAUAUUUUAAGAAGUGAUCAGAAAUCAUGAGUAGGAAGAGUAAAACGAUGAUACAAAAGAAGAGCUACGGCUCUUUUCGAUCGAUUUUCAUGCAUGCUGAUAGAGCCGAUAUCUUGUUGAUGACUUUUGGAUUUUUGGGUGCUGUUGGUGACGGAGUUUCUAUGCCUGUGAUGCUCAUAGUCACCAGCAAACUCAUGAACAAUCUUGGUGGUAAUAAUGACACUUCAAACAUCGAUAAUUUCACGCACCAUAUCAAUGAGAAUGCUUUGGCUCUGGUUUACCUGGCAUGUGGACAAUGGGUAGCGUGUUUCUUAGAGGGAUAUUGUUGGACAAGGACGGCAGAGAGGCAAGCGUCAAGGCUACGAAUAAGAUACUUGAAAGCAGUUCUAAGGCAAGAUGUUGGGUAUUUUGAUCUACAUGUUGCCAGCACUGCCGAUGUCAUUGCUAGUGUCUCCAGUGACAGUCUUGUAAUUCAAGACUGUAUUAGUGAAAAGGCACCAGUCUUCUUGAUGAACGUAGCGACAUUUAUUGGGUCAUACGUGGUAGGAUUCUUGAUGAUUUGGAAGCUGGCGUUAGUUGGAUUUCCCUUUGUUAUUUUCUUAGUAAUUCCAGGUUUCAUGUAUGGGAGGGCACUAAUGGGAAUAGCAAGAAAAAUCAGGGACGAAUAUGGCAAAGCUGGAACAAUUGUGGAGCAAGCAAUUUCUUCUGUUAGAACAGUUUAUUCAUUCGUGGGAGAAAAUAAAACUCUACAGGAGUAUUCAGCUGCUCUUCAAGGAACAGUAGAUUUGGGAUUAAAGCAAGGUUUAGCAAAAGGACUUGCUAUUGGAAGUAAUGGCAUUGUUUUUGCAAUUUGGUCUUUCAUGUCAUAUUAUGGAAGCAGAAUGGUUAUGUACCAUGGAGAACAUGGUGGCACUGUUUUUGCCGUUGGCGCUGCAAUUGCUAUUGGUGGACUAUCACUGGGUUCUGGUUUGUCCAACGUAAAGUAUUUAUCAGAAGCAAGUGCAGCAGGUGAACGUGUAGUGGAAGUGAUAAAAAGAGUACCAAAUAUAGAUUCUGACAAUAUGGAGGGCCAAAUAUUGGAUAACGUGAGAGGUGAAGUAGAAUUCAAACAUGUUGAAUUUGCAUACCCAUCGAGACCCGAAAGCAUAAUUUUAAAAGAUUUUAGUCUAAAAGUGCCAACGGGUAAAACCGUGGCGUUAGUGGGUGGAAGUGGGUCAGGCAAGUCGACAGUAAUAGCACUACUGCAGAGAUUUUACGACCCACUCCCGGGGGAAAUUCUUCUCGAUGGGAUCGCUAUUGAUAAGCUGCAACUCAAGUGGCUAAGGUCACAAAUGGGUCUAGUGAGUCAAGAGCCUGCACUUUUUGCAACUACAAUUAAAGAAAAUAUACUUUUUGGGAAGGAGGAUGCAUCAAUGGAACAAGUUAUUGAGGCUGCCAAAGCUUCUAAUGCUCAUAACUUCAUUUGUCAGUUGCCUCAGGGUUAUGAUACCCAGGUGGGAGAGAGAGGUGUACAAAUGUCUGGGGGACAGAAGCAGAGGAUAGCUAUUGCAAGAGCCACAAUUAAGUCACCCCGAAUACUACUACUGGACGAGGCAACCAGUGCACUCGACUCAGAAUCAGAAAGAGUUGUGCAAGAAGCUCUAGACAAGGCCGCUGUUGGCCGCACCACAAUAAUCAUAGCCCAUCGCCUUUCCACUAUUCGCAAUGCUGACCUUAUUGCCGUGGUCCAAAAUGGCCAAGUCAAGGAAAUUGGCUCACACGAUGAGCUAAUUGAAGAUGAAAAUGGACUAUACACUUCCUUAGUCCGUCUCCAACAAACUGAAAACCCCAGUCAUGAAAUCUCCAUUGCACCAAUCAAUAAAGAUACUUUAUUUGCCCCAUCAAAUUUAAAUUCUGGAUUAGUCUCUGACCAUGACGUACAAAAUACAAGCAGCAGAAGGCUUUCGAUUAUGAGCAGGUCGAGUUCAGCUAACUCGACUGCGCAAAGCCAUAGAUUUGAUCAAAAUGCAGCAAUUUCCAAUACUACAGAACAAGUAUUUCCAGUACCUUCAUUCAAAAGGCUGCUGGCAAUGAAUUUGCCAGAAUGGAAGGAGGCAACAUUGGGAUGCAUAGGAGCAAUAUUGUUUGGUGGAGUUCAACCACUCUAUGCUUUUGCAAUGGGGUCAAUGAUAUCUGUCUACUUCUUGCCAAGUCAUGAUGAGAUUAAGGAGAAGACAAAGAUAUAUGCUUUGUGCUUUCUGGGGUUGGCAUUCUUUUCCCUCUUUGUCAACGUACUUCAGCACUAUAACUUUGCAGCCAUGGGAGAGAAAUUGACUAAAAGGGUGCGGGAGAGGAUGUUGUCCAAGAUGCUUACAUUCGAAAUAGGGUGGUACGACAAGGACGAGAAUUCCACCGGUGCUGUUUGCUCUAGACUAGCUAAGGAUGCUAAUGUGGUGCGGUCUUUGGUUGGGGACAGGAUGGCAUUACUCAUUCAAACGAUAUCUGCGGUGACUAUAGCUUGCACCAUGGGCCUAGUUAUCGCAUGGAGACUUGCAUGGGUCAUGAUAGCGGUCCAGCCUCUCAUCAUAGUGUGCUACUAUUGCAAGAGGGUGCUAUUGAAAAGCAUGUCUAAAAAGUCCAUCAAAGCCCAAGAGGAAAGCAGCAAGUUGGCAGCUGAAGCAGUUUCCAAUCUCAGAACAGUAACGGCCUUCUCCUCCCAGGCCCGGAUUCUCCAAAUGCUCAAGAAAGCCCAAGAAGGCCCACAAAGAGAGAGUAUACGCCAGUCGUGGUUCGCUGGAAUUGGGCUUGGCACUUCAAACAGUCUCAUGACAUGUACCUGGGCUCUUGAUUUCUGGUAUGGUGGCAAACUCAUGGCAGAAGGCCUCAUUGGAGCUAAAGCCCUCUUCCAGACAUUCAUGAUUUUGGUUAGCACUGGGCGUGUCAUUGCGGAUGCUGGAACCAUGACUAAUGAUCUAGCAAAGGGUGCAGAUGCUGUUGGGUCGGUCUUUGCAGUGUUGGAUCGGUAUUCAUUAAUCGAGCCAGAGGACUCGGAUGGUUACAAGCCCAAGAAAAUAACAGGCAAUGUCGAGCUGUGCGAUGUUGAUUUCGCAUACCCUUCUAGGCCCAAUGUGAUUAUUUUCAAGGGAUUUUCAAUAAAAAUUGAAGCAGGAAAAUCAACAGCAUUGGUGGGACAAAGUGGAUCAGGAAAGUCUACUAUAAUUGGUCUGAUAGAAAGAUUCUAUGAUCCCUUAAGUGGUGUACUGAAAAUUGAUGGCCGUGACAUAAGAUCAUACCACUUGAGGUCAUUGAGGAAACACAUUGCACUUGUAAGCCAAGAACCAACAUUAUUUGCAGGAACCAUAAGGCAAAACAUAGCCUAUGGAGCAUCAGAAGCAGUAGAUGAAUCAGAAAUAAUUGAGGCUGCGAAGGCAGCAAACGCGCAUGAUUUCAUCUCAGCAUUAAAAGAUGGAUAUGAAACUUUGUGCGGAGACAGGGGACUGCAGUUGUCAGGAGGACAAAAACAGCGAAUCGCGAUAGCACGUGCAAUAUUGAAAAAUCCGGGGGUGCUAUUAUUGGACGAGGCAACAAGUGCAUUGGACAGUCAAUCGGAGAAAGUAGUACAAGAUGCACUUGAGAGAGUGAUGAUUGGACGGACAAGUGUGGUGGUGGCACACAGGCUUAGUACUAUACAGAAUUGUGACACAAUUGCUGUAUUGGACAAAGGCAAAAUUGUGGAGAAAGGGACUCACUCCUCUUUGUUAGCUAAAGGACCCACUGGAGUUUACCACUCCCUUGUUAGCCUUCAAAGAACACCAAACUCUAGCAACACCUUCAUCAGUUAAUAAUCAUCAAUUGAGAUUGACUGAUAUUCCCCAAUAAUCUUGAAACUACACAGCCUCUUUUUUUUCCCCUUGUUUUCCUCUUUCUUUUCCAAAGAACUCUUUGGGAAUUUUCUUGGCCGCUUGGAAAUCUUUGUCCCAUUUUAAUGUAUAGAUAUUUUGGUAUUGUUAGCAAUACAUUCAACUUUUCUA